AUGUCUUCCAAACUUCAGGCUCUAACGCAAGCCAUAGCCUAUAGAGGUGUGAUGUCCCGAAACGAUACGAGACAAAGACGACUAACCGCUUUGAAUAUCUCCUCGGCGAGACAUCUCCUAGAGCAGAACCAACCUCCGAUAUCUGACGAAACACUAUGGCGAAGCUUGUGGCAUGAAGACUUCAGCCGCCCCUUCGCAGUCCUACUAUGGAAAAGUAUGCACGGUGCCCUGAGAUGCGGCGAGUACUGGCUGAAAUUCAAGGGAUAUGAGCACCGGGCUCAAUGUUCGUUCUGUGAUGAAGAAGAAUCCCUAGAACACAUACUAUUACGAUGUCCAGCGACCGGGCAAAACGAGGUAUGGGAGGUACUAGCCCCGCUGUGGAAGAAGAAAGGUCUCACAUGGGCCCGACCAAGUAUGGAUGACUUACACUCACUAGGCUUAACAUGCUGGCGCGAUAAUAAAGGACGUGCUAGGACAGGAGCUACGAGAUUAUGGAGGAUAAUGAUAUCAGAAGCUACGCACCUUAUCUGGAAGCUCAGAUGUGAACGUGUUAUUGGUCAUGCUGACCAAGAAGGCUGGGAUCACGAUGACUCAGCCGUCCGCAACCGGAUCGCCAAUGUGCUUCACAAUAGGUUACGACAUGACCUAGAAGCCACCAAGACCAAAUACAAUGAGUUAUCACUCUCCGAUGAAACGGUCUUAGCAACCUGGCACGGUCUAAUCCAAGACGACCCAGCCUUACCAUGGAACUGGACGAAAUGCAGCGGUUUUUUAGUGGGUAGUGUCCCUAGAGUAUGCCUAAAUUUCGACCCAGGCUGA